AUGGCAGAGGAGCAGGUCCUGGUCCUGGAUGUCAGAGGCCAGCUCCUGGACCACCUGGCAGCUAUUAUGGCCAAACAGGUACUGCUGGGCCGGAAGGUGGUGGUUGUGCGUUGUGAGGGCAUCAACAUCUCUGGCAAUUUUUACAGAAACAAGUUAAAGUACCUGGCCUUCCUCCACAAAUGGAGGAGCACCAACCUAUCCUGUGGCCCCUACCAUUUCCGGGCCCCCAGCCACAUUUUCUGGCACACUGUAAAAGGCAUGCUACCCCAUAAGACCAAGCGCAGCCAUGCUGCCCUGGACCACCUCAAGGUAUUUGAUGAGAUCCCACCACCCUAUGACAAGAAAAAACAGAUAGUGGUUCCUGCUGCACUUUGGGUUGUGCGUCUAAAGCCUACAAGAAACUUUGCCUACCUGGGGUACCUGGCACACAAAGUUAGCUGGAAGUACCAGGCAGUGACAGCAACCCUGGAGGACAAGAGGAAGGAGAAGGCUAAGAUCCACUACCAGAAGAAAAAGCAGCUCACGAGGCUACGGAAAGAGGCCAAAAAAGAACGUGGAGAAGAAAAUUGACAAAUACACAGAGGUCCUCAAGACCCACAGACUCCUGGUCUGAGUCCAAUAAAGACUUUAUUCUUUAUGUUUGGCCUGGCCUGCCCUUCCUCCAUCACCACCCUGGGAUGUGGGGGACCCAAG